AUGUCGAAGCCUAACGGUACGGAAAGGCUGCGGGCCGUCGAGGACACCACUCCUACUCCCGAACCCAACAACUCCAAUGGACCAUUCACCUCCUUCUUUUACGGAACCUUGAUGGCCCCUGAGGUCCUCUUUUCUGUAAUAUACGGACGCAAAAAUCCUGGAAAGGUGUUUGAAGACCUACAUACAUUUCACCCAGCGAUUCUUGAUAACCAUGCCCGGCGAGUGCUCGCCUUCGCCGACUAUCCAGGUGUUGUACCGCAAGAGGGCGAAUCGGUCCAGGGAGUUUACGUGACGGGACUCACGGACGCCAACAUGGAAAGGCUCGAUAUAUUUGAGGGAUCGGAGUAUGUGAGAGAGAAGGUCAAGGUUCGGCUCCUUGAGAACGGCGAGACAAGAGAGACAGAAGUGUACAUCUAUCUGCACGCGGAGGAUCUCAAGGAGGGAGAAUGGGACUUUGAGCACUUCAAGAAGGAGAAGUUGGCUCUCUGGUCGAGAGAGUAG